AUGCUUAUUACCUCUUUCCUUACCAGCCUCUUGAUGGGCUCUUCCAUGGUCGCAGCGGCAGUUGUUCCCCGGGAAAUCGACGAAUCCAAGAUCCUUCUCUUUGGCGUCGAUGGCCGAACAGAAGUCAUGGAUAAGGCUGAAUUCAUGGCUCUCCAUGAGGCAGACCUCACCGCUGCACCUGGUCCCCUCGAACUCUCUGAGCGAUCAUUGAACGAGACCAUAGAAAUGGAAAUCGAGGCAGCCCAGCUCUCCAAACGUGGCUGCAAGUCUUAUUCCAUCGUCAGACCAAACCCCGAUCAGAAGUUCUUGAACUGGGACGUGCGCAUGUCCGAUAUUCUUCAUGCAACAGACCGUGAUGCCACUCUCGGCGUCACCAAAGGUCACAGCAUUGCAAAUGCUAUCGGCGUCUCUAUCAGUAUGACUCAGACACUUAUCGAAAGUGUCCUGUCAGCAACCUAUGGUAUUACCUACACAGAGACUUGGACCAACACCUAUACCACUGCCUACACCUUCACUGUACCAAAGGGCAAAUAUGGAGUUGUCGUCUCAAACCCUUGGACCACCAGAAGAUCCGGAAAUAUUGAUAUUGGAUGUAUUGGUGUCCGCGGCCAGAAAUCUACUUACCAAGCCGAUAGCUACGAAAGUAACGAUUACCAAGGAUUGAGCUGGGUUUCUGGCACCAUCAGUCUUUGCACCUCCGACAGCCAUUCAAUCCACUACUGCAUCGGUAACGGAUAUCACAAUUAG